AUGCCAUACAGCGCGCGACGGCCGAUCAUACUGUCUCACGAGGAGGCACUGGCGGAGAUGAUUGUGCAGCAUCACCAUGAGAGGAUGUGCCACCAAAAUACAGAGGCAACUAUUGGAGCGACCCGGCAGAAGUUCUGGAUUACGAACUUACGGAGGCUGCUACGGAAAGUGAUGAGUAACUGCAAUGUAUGCAAGCUACGGAAGGCGCGACCUGCACAGCCGGAGGUGGAUCCCCUGCCAGAGGACCGGCUGGAGGCCAACGGAUGGCCACUCAAGUAUACGGGCCUGGAUUAUUUUGGACCACUAUUUGUGACUGUUGGACGUCACACGGAGAAAGGGUGGGUGGCAUAUUUUACGUGUCUAACCACAAGGGCUAUCCACUUGGAGAUGGCCCACGAUUUGUCUACAGAUUCCUGUAUAAUCGCCAUGAGGAACUUCAUGAGCCGCCGUGUACCGGUGGUCAGGAUAAGGAGCGACAAUGGAAAGAACUUCGGUGGAGCCGAUAGAGGUGCCAGGAAGUUCAGCGAAGUAUUUGAGCCUGCAAGGAUCCAGGACGAGCUGUCGUCCAAAGGAAUUGAGUGGAUCUUUAAUUGCCCGGCGAACCCAGCUGAGGGUGGCGCUUGGGAAAGGAUGGUGCAGUGCGUGAAGAAGGUUCUGGCGCACACAAUGAAGGAGAUCGCGCCCAAAGAGCACGUACUGGAGAACCUGUUGAUUGAGGCGGAGAGCAUAGUGAACUCUCGUCCGCUCACUCAUCUACCAGUGACGGUGGACCAGGAGGCUCCACUGACACUCAACGAUUUAUUGAAAGGAGAACCCGAUGUUCCGGAUCUUCCCAAAGAUGGACUGGAGUCCAACAGAUGCGCUACCAGGAAGCAGUGGCGCAUAGCAAGAAUGAUGCGGGAUCGAUACUGGAAGAGAUGGUGCAUGAGUACAUGCCUACACUUGUGCGCAGGAAGAGAUGGUGCAAGCACGUCGAGCCCAUUCGUCGAGGAGAUCUGGUGUUCAUAUGUGCUCCGGCCAUACCACGAAGAGAGUGGAACCGAGGCGUCGUGGAAGAGGUGUUCACCGGGAGAGAUGGAAUCCCUCGUCGAGCGGCGGUGCGGACUAACGAUCGAGCCAAGACGACAAUGCGUCCCGCUUCGAAGCUAG